AUGGCGGGCGGGAGAGAGAGCCUGUCUCACCGCUGGAUCCGAGGAGUGGGGCUGCUCUAUUUGUGUAUCCGGGGGCCGCGCCUCUACAGAGUCUACCGGCUCAACCAUGGCAGAGGCCGGGCCCGGGAGGAAGGCGAGUCCGAGCCUUCCUGGGAAUCUUUCUAUCAGCCCAGAGCUCUGGAAAAGCACACCGAUAGUAUCUUGGCUUGGGUGUCCGUCCUUUGGACCAUUUCUUACUAUUCUUCCCCACUUGCUGCCUUUUACAUGUACCGAAAAGGACAUAUGACCGUCACCAGGCUGGUACUCCUAGGACAGUACGGCAUGACACUGCUUUUCCUGCUGGCGGGGGUGGCGUGUCUGAGAGGUUUGGGCAGAUGGACCAACCCUCAAUAUAUUCAGUUUAUAAGCAUUUUACAGAGCACCAGAAUGGAUAACUGUCCAGAAAACAAGAAACUGCUUUCCAAUUACAACUUCGACUUUCGCAGUUGGCCAGUGGAUUUCCGAUGGGAUGAGACAAGCAACAGUAAAGAUCAGAAGACAGAAAAGUCAUCAGGUGGGGUGUCAUUGCUGAAAUCAGAGCCUCGAACACGGGGAGCUGCUGACAGCCUAUUGCAGCGGGUGCAGAAGCUCCCAUGUCAGAUAACCAGCUAUAUUGUAGCUCAUUCAUUUGGCCGACGGAUGCUGUACCCUGGCUCUGUGUACCUCUUACAGAAGGCGCUCAUGCCCAUGUUAUUACAGGGUCAGGCUCGUCUGGUGGAAGAGUAUCAUGGGAAGCGAGCCAAGCUGCUGGCGUGUGAUGGAAAUGAAAUAGACACCAUAUUUGUAGACCGCAGGAGCACCGGGGGCAGCACUGGAUCAAAGUUGGUUAUCUGCUGUGAAGGAAAUGCUGGCUUCUAUGAGGUUGGCUGUGUCUCUACUCCGCUGGAAGCUGGUUAUUCUGUCCUCGGUUGGAAUCAUCCUGGAUUUGCAGGCAGUACAGGUGUCCCUUUCCCUCAAAACGAAGCAAAUGCAAUGGACGUUGUUAUCCAGUAUGCCUUGUAUCGGCUCGGCUUCAAAAUGCAAGACAUCAUUGUUUAUGCCUGGUCUAUCGGCGGCUUCACAGCCACAUGGGCCUGUAUGUCCUAUCCAGACAUCAGUGCUCUUGUCCUUGACGCCUCCUUUGAUGACUUGGUUCCUCUGGCCCUGAAGGUGAUGCCAGAAAGCUGGCGAGGUCUGGUAACCAGAACAGUCCGGAAGUAUCUAAAUCUAAACAAUGCAGAGCAGCUCUGCAGGUUUCAGGGUCCCGUUCUGCUGAUCAGGAGAACAAAUGAUGAAAUUAUCACAACCACAACCCCAGAAGAUGUUGCAUCGAAUCGGGGAAAUGACCUCCUGCUCAGUCUGCUGCAGUGCCGUUUUCCAAAUGUGAUGACAGAAGAGGGACGGAGGGCAGUGAAGAUGUGGCUUGGAGCCGCCACGCCAGAACAAGAAGCCUCGGUAUUCAGUCAGUAUGCAGUAGAAGAGGAUUGGUGUCUAUCUGUCCUUCAGUCUUAUAAGGCAGAGAACUCAGGGCACUUUCCAUGGUCUGUAGGAGAGGAAAUGAGCAAUAGAAGGAAGACAGCAGUUGGCUCUGUAUCUUGCACAGAAACAUCUGAGAAGCUUUGAAGCCACACACUGUACUCCCCUCCCUGCUAGCGCCUUCCACAUGCCCUGGACAGUAUAA